AUGUACAAGGCUCCCCCACCGCGUCCAAAGAAGACUGACAUUGUUCGCUCUCGGUCGAGAUGUCGAGGAUGUCGACAACGCCGGGUCAAGUGCGAUGAACAGAAACCCUCAUGUCGAGCUUGUGUUCGCCGCGGCGUCAGCUGUGAGGCCGUCAUGCCGAGUCUGGACUUCCAUAAUGUCACCGUCUCUGCCCAUGAAUCGCCGGGCAGCCGCCAUUGCCAGCGCUUGAGAUUCAAGCACAGCCAAGGGCCACCUAAGGUUGAACAGUCCCAUCUGGCUGAGGAUUCCAGAGUGGCCUCCUCAGUAUCGCCACCGUUGUUGGCAGCGAGUCCGUCACCAUCGCCCGCUCGCUCAGAACAUGAGACCAUGUAUCUUGCACACUGGAAUGAAGCCUGUGUGCAUGCUCUGCAGUAUUCUUUGCGUCAAAUAUCCCUCACCACGGACAGAAAUGCACCGUUCAAAGCAGCGCUUCUGGCUCUUUCAGCCUGUAAUCUCAGCCGCUCCUUGCCCGAGAGGGACGAGCAGGACGCUCAAGUAGCCUACAGGCCCAACCCCCGCCACCUCCUCUCCAGUCAACAGUACUAUAUCACCGCCGUCGGCCAAGCGGCGAAGACAAUCCUCAGAAGCUCUCUCAUGGCGCCAUCUCACACUCUGGCGAUGUUGGUUUUGUUCUGCAACAUUGAAACCGCAAUGAGUAAUUUCACCGGAUUUGACUGCCACGCCCAAGGAAUAAUCAACUUCAUUCAGACGCAUUUUCAAGAAAUCACGUCUGAUGCUCUGGGCCGAGGAGCAAUCGCAACCUGGGUGCUGGCGAGGAACCAUAACUGGUGGCUGAGAAUGAAUUUCAGCAGCGCCUCAUUCCAGCUCGCCCAGUCUUCGCUAUCCCUACCUAUGGAUAUAUCCAAUGUCCUCCACUCCAUUGGGUCAAGGCGAGCGACUGUUACAUCAAUCCUUUGCGAAACCUACCGCCUCAGGACGAUUGCUUUCCUGCAGUCGGCACUGGAAGAUGCAAUUGCUGCCCCGGGAAUCGACGACUGUGUCGCCCUGAUGCAGGCUGAGUCCGCAAAGCUCGAUUACUGGCACUCCACCCUCUCCCAGUCGGAGCUCCCCUUUGGCUCGUUUACAGAAUUUAAUCCACACGACAACAGCCAGCUCCGUCCUCUUUUCUUUACCUCGCAUAGACUUGCAAUGAAUUACGCGUACUAUGUAUCUUCGCGCGUCCUACAGUCCAUGCCUCAUCCUGGUGCCACAAAAACUGAAGGGUCCAUGGGCGACGCGGAAAUCGCACACUGGUCAACGACCCUUCUUCGCAUUGUAUCCGGUCUCGACAAAAAAGAUUGCGCCAGAAAAAAUGUCUAUUCGAUCGGUGUCUCUAGCCUUCUUGUCGCCUGUGUGCUCCGCUAUCACAGUCUUGUAUUCGGACGCUGGGUCGAGAAAUGGCUGCUUGAAUGCCAUCAGCUGUCUAUAUUCGAAGAAGGCAGCUUCCCUAUUGCUCAGGCUUGGCAGGUCGUUCGUCUUGUCAACGAGGAGAGGGCAGCGGGGAAUUAUGCUUGUGCCAUCGCCUUACCAGAAGAUGAUGGCGGGGGAGUGGGGAAGUACACCUCGUAUUCUAGUCAGCGGUUUGACCGAGUCUUGCUGCUGAGAAGAGAGGGAGGUUCACCCAGGUUGCCCUGGGAGUUUGUUUCAGUCAACAUGGUGGAACAACCGUCCUCUCCUUUGGACGGUACCCCAGAUGUUUGA